UCUCACCAGAUCAACAACUGAGCCGUCACCUAUUACUCGCAAAUCCAAAAUCGCCUCAUCUGUGUGUUCUUCCAAGCAAAAUGGCGCUGGGUCAGGUUGAGUUCACGCUCUUGGCCAGUGUCUUGGUGGCCUACAUCAUAUUCACGCCAGAGCCCCUGGUGUUGUUGCGGAAUCUUUCUGCAUGGGCUAUUUUGACCUGGCUGGCGUGGUAUGGCUACCAGCACUGGGAAACAUCUCCCCGGACAAGGAGGCUCGUCCAUGGUAUUUACAACGACCGUGCCAUUUCCACUAUUAUAGAGCUGUAUUGGCACCAGGCACUUGGUGCUUUGGGAAGCUGGGGAACCAAAUCGGUUGGAACCACAUGCACCCGAGCUGUCGUUGGGCUUGCAAGCAUUUUCGGAUUCGGAUGGCCACAGAGUGAUGGAACGGCUUCAGACACCACAACCAAAUCCAAGGGAACCUUCCUGCGCCAUACGAAAUAUUAUGCAAUCCUAGUCACAACACCCCCGGUUCAUAUCUAUGGACCAGUGAGCGAUCAUCUCCAUACAGCGCCCGACCGAUCGGAGAAAAUUAUGUGGAACUCGACUUCACCGGACUCCAUCCCGCCGAUGCUAGCAUCAUUGGCAUUCCGACGACAUUUUGCCCUGUGCCUCGUACCUCAAGGAGUCUGGGAAUCGAAGACCAAAACUCUCACGGAAAAGUUUGACGGGCAGGUAUUCUGGGACUACUCCGGCGACGAACCGGAUAAUUCGAGAGCAGUUGCCUGGCCGCCAAGUCGAAUUUCGGACAUCAAUGCUAUUCAAGAACUUGGCAUCAUUGACUCCGAUGGUGACGCAGUGGCCACCUGCACAAGCCAUUACAAUCAGCUUCGAGAGGACUGGGAGUAUUUCAACAUUUGGUGGAACGACGCUGAUUUCGCCAUCAUUCUCGCUUGUCUCGUUGAUGAGAGUGCCGUGUCCAUCUGUCGCGUCUUGAUGCGCCGUCGGGAUGAACUGAGAGAGACCGAGGUCACCAAGCCGCGACAGGCAUCAGGUCGUACAGCAACCUUCAUGACGAUGGCUGCGGCUGGUGGACUGAUGGUGAUGACUGGGGGUCUGGCCGCUCCGGUCGCUGGUCCUCUCUUUGCUGCCGCCGGGGCAUCUCAUUUGGCGCAGGAUGUGUUGACGACGAAAGAAGCAUUACGCCGGAGUCAGCGGAUGGCGUCGUCUGACCAGCUACAAGUCCGAUUCCCAAGGCUGCGACAGCUGUUUGCAUGAAUAGUCGGGUGGCAGCUGUAGGGGCCUCUCUGUUGCAUUUCAUCCCCCAGAUAAAUUGACGCUAUACUCUUCAGUCCAGAUGACUGCACAGAAUCCUUCGAAGCUGAAACCACGGAGCGCCUAUGGUUCAUCCAGACUCCCAUCUUUGAUACUAAAAAUAACGGCAAAUCGUUUUGACAGGUGGAAGAUGGCCAAACUCCCUGGCUUACCUUUGCACGUGAUGGUAUAGGCCUG